ACCCUCUGAGGCACUCAUCACAUUCACGCAAGUAAGUCAGAACGCGCGUGUUACAAGAUACAGUAUUCCGCUUUUAUUGCAUAGCAAGCUGCCAUACGCUGUAAGAUCGACACGAAAGCACAUCUCGACAUUGCAGUUGAACAACUAAAUCAGAUCAUGUCUUCAGACCCUACCACCACACGCGCGGGCCAGCACCAUGCCGUGAGCACCCUAGCUGACAGCAAGGAGCCAAUGUCUAAACAUAGCACAGGGUCGAUUUCUAAAAAUACCACCACAGCUGCGCCCAUUGACACGAACACAUAUUCAUCAGACAAAGUAAACACAAACACGUACGGAAUAGGCAAAGAAAACAUCGACAGUCAGGAUACUAUGCAGUUUACGACGAGAGUGAAGACUACAAACCCCGAUGGAAGUCGUAAAUUGCUUAGCGCGGGGUUCAAUCCGCUAUCGGAUUCGCCACUACAAGCCGGUGGUGGAGGUUUCGAUAUAUCCAGAACAUGUCUCAAACUUCCCAGAGCAUGUCUCAAAC